UGUCAUCCGAAACCUAAGUCGACCUUCGACCUUCCCUCCUCUCCUUAAAUUCCUAGCUACCUUAACUUAGUCCGUCUUUUCAUUCAUCUUAAAUCUUGUCAUUCAUUUUUCGAACUUUUAGUUUUGUUGCGACUGUGAAGAAGUAGCACUACGUACAGAAGAUCGAUCAUGGGAGAAUCUAGAAGCAGUAGCAGCAGUGACAUGAGUGGGAGGAGAUCAUGCUACAGAGGGCACUGGAGGCCAGCCGAAGAUCAGAAACUCCAACAACUCGUUCAACAUUAUGGUCCCCAGAAUUGGAAUUUCAUUGCAGAACAUCUUGAGGGAAGAUCAGGGAAAAGUUGCAGAUUGAGAUGGUACAACCAACUUGAUCCUAACAUCAACAAGAAGCCAUUCACAGAAGAAGAGGAGCAAAGGCUUCUUGCAGAUCACCGGAUUUAUGGAAACAAAUGGGCUCUCAUUGCUCGUCGUUUUGAAGGCAGGACUGAUAACGCACUGAAGAAUCACUACCAUGUUAUCAUGUCAAGAAGAAAACGGGAAAGAUUCGCACUACUCCAAGCUCAUGAUCAGCAUCAUCAUGAUCCAAGUCGUAAUUUUUACUCUAAGUCGUCAGAGUCGACUCUCAGGUUCCAAAACCAUGAAAAUUUCAGGCCGAGAUCUUCCUCAUCAGCUUCAUUAUUAUCAUCUUUAAGUUUUAGACGACAUGAGCAGUACUCAACCAUCACAACAGCUUCACCACGUUCUGGUGAAUUUGGUGGAGGAAAAAAGUGUGAUUUGAUCACUUCAUCAUGGGCUGAUUACAAGCAGCAGGCCGGAUUAAUACAUGGCAUUGAUCCUGAUCAUGUCCCGAGGAAUAUUGAUCAUGUUCUUCCGCGUCGUCCAUUCAAAUUCUCAAAUUUUGGCGAGGAUUGUGGGAAGGAAUAUAUGAUGAGGUUGGCCGUGAGGCUCAAUAAUAAUAACUCGGCCGCUAUAUUACAGAACUUGAAAAUGGCUUCUCAUGAUCAGCAAGAACAAGCUGGUGGAGAUCAUCAUCAUCAUCAUCAUGGAUCACUCGCUGAACUCGACAAGGGCACUGUCCCGCCUUUCAUAGACUUUCUUGGUGUCGGAAUCUCUUAGUUACGUAACUAGCGAUCCUCGAUCGAGCUGAUCUCAAAUGAUCAUCGUGAUCAGUUUCAUAAGGUUUAUAAUUUAUUGGGAAUAUUAUAUAUAUAUAUAUCAAAGCAGCACGCAUGCAUGCAUGCAUGCAACAGUACUAAAUAUUUACUCGACUUUUAGUUUUAUAUAGCUAGCUUGAAAUGAAUAAAUUAUAUAUAUG